AUGCUCGGUUCUCUUUUCUUGCUGGCCGCUACAGUCGUGUCUGCAGCUGAUGUUGGCGGCUGCACGCGCGACCUGCUGCAGGCCGUCGCCGACAGCGUCGUCGCCGCCCAGACUGCCGGCAACCCAGCGCUUCUCCAGCCCGCCGCCGCGGCGGAUGCCAUGUACACCGAGAACCGCCAGCCGGCUACGUCGCUCGCCGCGGGCAUCCUGUCGCACGCCCUCAAGCCCGACCACGUGCGCAGCUCGCUCGACACGACGCAGUGCGCCACGUAUACGGAGAUGAUUGUGGCCACGGGCGCCAAGCCGUACGAGAUUGGCGUCCAGGUCUUUCUGGCACCGGGCGACGCCUCGGCCGUCCACCGCGUCGACACCAUCUAUACGUCGACGGGCGACUGGCUGUUCAACAUCACGGGGACGCUGUACUGGGCGAGCCGCGAGACGUGGGGCCCGAUCCCGGAAGCGCAGCGGGACACGCGCGCCGUGAUCCAGGCGGCGGCCGACGCCUACUGCGACGUCUUUAGCAACAAGAGCACGGUGGUGCCGUGGGGCACGCCGUGCGCGCGGCUCGAGGGCGGGUCGUACACGGGCAAGGGGUCGGCCAGCGACAGCUGCAACGUCGGCAUCCCGAGCGGCGUCUCGCUGACGCAGCGGCGGUACGUGAUUGACGAGGUGAUUGGCGCGGUGGACGUGUUCAUGUCGUUUGCCAACCUGCCGGACAGCCACGACUUCCGGGUGGAAGGGGGCAAGCUGCGGUAUGUGCACACAAUGACAGUGAUGACGGGCGGCAAGGGGAAGAGCAGUGGUGGAGGCGGCGGGACGGGCGGCAAGGGCGCGAAGAGUCGGCGCAGUGUGACAGGCGGUGUCAAGCAAGGUGCGGGUUUGUAG